AUGGCAAUCGUUCGAAGGCUUGGAUCACCUGAUUUCUUUAUCACAAUGACAUCAAAUCCUAACUGGCCAGAAAUAAAACAGGCAUUGCAAAUAAAUUUAGAAGAUGAAACAAUCUUGCAACAGCUUCCGCAGGAUCGUCCUGAUAUCGUGGCUCGAGCUGCUAAGUUAAAAUUUUACCAAUUAAUAGAAGAUUUAGAUAAAAAACAAAUCUUUGGAAAAGUAUCGGCUUUUGUUUACACUAUAGAAUUUCAGGAACGAGGAUUACCACAUAUGCAUCUGCUUAUAAUUAUGCCAUCUGAUGACAAGAUUCAUCAACCAGAAGAGCUCGAUGACUUGAUUUCAUCCGAAAUAUCCGGAAAUGAUGACUUAGAGUUAAGAGAAUUAGUACUCCAAUGGAUGAUUCACAACCCAUGUGGCGAUUUAAAUCCCAAUGCAACGUGUAUGGUUCAUAAAAACGGAAGAACAAAAUGUCGGUUCGACUUUCCAAAAUCGUACCAGGAAGUUACGUCUUUAGUAGAUGAUGGUAAACCAAAUUACCGACGACGCUACAAUCCGCAGUUGGACCCUCAUAGUCCCCAAUUUUCACACGAACAUGCGGUUUAUCGCAAAGACAUAAACGGUCGUCGUAUAACAAGAGAAAAUCGUCAUGUAGCCCCCUACAACGCCUAUUUAUUGAAAAAAUAUAAUUGUCAUAUAAACGUUGAGUACGUAGGGAGUAUUUUGGCUGUGAAAUAUCUUUAUAAAUACAUUUAUAAAGGACACGACUGUGCAUCGAUCAAAGUUGUAGAAGAACAAAGGACACUGAUUUAUGAUGAAGCAAAUACUACAUACAUUGAAGGGCGUUGUGUCACGCCAUCAGAAGCAUGCUGGCGAUUAUUUGCUUUUGAAAUAAAAAAAAAAAGUCAUAGUGUCCAACGACUGGGUAUUCACUUACCAGGACAGUAUCGGAUCGCAAACUUGAACCAAACCCAUGAAGAUUUAGCCGAUAUUGGCCAAAAAGGGUCUACUCUAGAGGCUUAUUUUAAGCACAAUGCAGAAAUUAAAAGACAUAAUCAUUCAAGCGAUAAUGUCUCACGUCAAUAUCAUUUUUAUUGGCAGAUGCCUGAAAAUUUUAAAUGGAUCGGAAAAUCUAGCAAAUGGGAGCCAAGAGUUCGUCAUUUGCGAGUCAUUGGUAGGAUUCAUAAUGUAAAUUUCGUUGCUCAACCGGAACUUUACCACUUGCGAUUGUUACUAUUUCAUGUGAAAGAUGCGACAAGUUUUGAAGACCUUCGAACCGUAAACGAUAUCCAAUAUCAGACGUAUAAACAAGCCUGCUUAGCACGUGGCUUGACGACGAUCAAGAAUGGAUAG